UAUCAACAUCUAUACUUACUGGACAGAGGUCAUUUUACGAUUUUCUAAACUGUAAUUUUACAUUUUUACCACAUUAUUUGAGUUUUUUCGUAGACGUUACAUUCAAAAAAAACUGUAAGUAUAAUAUUGUUAUAAGCAAUUAGCCUUAGAAAGAAAACAUAAAUUGUCAUUAUUAAUUUUAGUAAUAAUGGCAUUAUUCGUACGAUCCACCAAAUUAGCCGCCCGGCUUAACCAAGGAAUGACUAAAUGUUUUUCAAGAAAUUACGCUGAUCAAAUGAGCUUUACAUUUGCUGCUGCCAAUCAAGUAAAGUUCAAUACAUUAAUUUUUAUUUUGUUUCUAUAAUCAAUUUAUCUGGUUGUGUAUACUAUUUGAUUUACUUUAUUUUAUAACCUAGAUGAAAAAUUUUAAUUUUUCUAGAUUUUUUAUGCCGAAAAAAAUGUUAAGCAAGUAGAUGUUCCGUCUUUCAGUGGUUCCUUUGGUAUCUUACCUAAUCAUGUACCAACAUUGGCCGUUCUCCGCCCUGGUGUUGUUACUGUAUAUGAAGAAGAAGGAAUUUCAAAAAAAAUAUUUGUCUCUAGCGGAACGGUAAUUAAUCAUCUGCAUUUAAUUUAUUAGUAAUUACUAAUGGAAAUGUGUUGUUUUUAGAUAACUGUAAAUGAAGACUCUAGUGUACAAGUUUUGGCUGAAGAAGCACACCCUAUUGAAGACAUUGAUGGAUCAGCCGCCCGUCAAGUACUACAAGAGGCCCAGAGUCAAUUAUCUACUGCUUCAGGUGAUGUUGCCAAAGCAGAAGCCGCAAUUGCUGUUGAAGUAGCUGAAGCAUUGGUUUUAGCAGUAGGAAACUAAUAAAUUAACGUAAACUGUAUUAUUUUAGUGUGAAAAUUUGUUUCAGAAUUUUCUAUUACACAAAUUAGUUUUAUAAAAUUAAAUUUACAAUUUUACAUGCUCCAUUUCUCUGUUUGAUUUGUGUAAGUUUCAAUUUGUUAUUAUUCGCAUCUCAUAAAGUUUCCAAUAAUAAAACAAUUCCAAUGAGUAUAAUAUGUGUUAGUAAUAUAUAAUUUUAGUUUGAUCAACAAUUAUCAUAUUAUUGAUUUCAAAUAAAAAUAUCACUAUAGAAAAUAUUAUUAAAUUUAUGAUGUAAAACACAUUUUUCAAAACAUUAGGCAACCUAAUUAGGCAAACCUUGUUUAGGUUAAUUCACUUUUUCAUUACUAUGAAAAUUGUUUCAAUAUGGAUAACACUCAAAAAUCUAAUUGGAAUCUUCCGAGACCAUAAGUUGGGUGUUUGAUAAGCCAAAAUUUCAAUGAAUUUAUGUUAUUUAAAACAGUUGUUAUAAUUUAUUGAUACAAAUCCAAACAAUCUCGGUAACUAUGUACAAACAAUAUUAAAUCUCCAAUAAAAAAAUCUAUUUUUAUUAAUAGAAUUACAUUAGGAACACCAGUAAUAUUUAUAAAGAAUGUAAUGUAUGUUCUUUAAAAUUGUGCAGUAUUCACAUAUACGGCCUAGAAGGAACUAUAUAAAUCUUAUAUUAGCUUUCAGUGCACAUAAAUAUAAUCAGGUAUAAGAGAAUGCUUUUAAAUUUGCUAACUUGAAGUUGUUCUGUGUGAUAUAAUUAAUUAUAUCAUGAUGCACAGUAAAUUACAAUUGUAAAAUUAAUAUAUUUUCACAUAUUCAAAUAAAAUGGGAGUAAUUAUUAUAAUAAAUAAUAAUUGAAAUUCGGGAAUAGGAUAAUGUAAGCAUUUUAAUAAUUAUUGUCAUACUUUCAUAAAUCAUAAUAUUGAAUAUAUUAUUAUAGUAGUCUGAUGCAGUUGUUUUGUGAAGGUUAAGUAAUAAUAAUUUAUAAUAUUUAUUACAUAUUUUCAUUAUAGAUAGGUUCAUUAGAAAAUAUGGUAAAACAUAUUGCAAUUAUAUAUUGUAAAUACUCAUUAAAAAUAAAUCAAAUCAAAAAUUAAAAAACCAAUUUUUUCUUAAAAAUAAAAACAGCAGUUUAUUUUUUUAGUAUGUAGCAUAAUAUGUUGUAUUUAAUAAUUAAUUGAAUAUGUAGUUAUUAAUAUCUAAAAUAAUUAAUCCAGACUAGGAUAAAAUGAACUAUUUUAUUAAUAUAGGCAUGGUAUGAUAUAAUAAAGGCAUUUAUUAAUAAAUUAGAUAAUAAAACGAAUAGGUGUAUAAUUGAAAAAAUGUCUACAAAACAUAAACUAUUGUAUUGAAGCAUUAAUUUAUUUUUUUAUUCAAAACUAUAUGUACCAGAAAUAAAAUCAGAAAAUACUAUUCUCGUUAGUAAUUGUUUUAUUUGAAAACAUUUUUAACCACACUUACUACUACAUCGCAGAAUAUAUCUUAAUUUGUGUGAAAAUAUAACAAUUGGUACAUUCAAAUUAAUAUAUUGAAUGUAUUGAAAAUAUUGAAUAUAUUGAAAAUAUAACAUGAAUGUAGUGAAGUAAAAAUAAAAAUAAAUACAAAAUAAUUGUAAAUUUAAUCUUAAAGAAAAAAAAAAUGUAUGUAGUAU